AGAGGAACCGAGCUGGGCCUCGCCGCCUCCUGCUCUCGAGUUCCCGGCCGGGAGCGCGCGGCGGAGCUGAGGCGUCUGUGCGGCGGCGCCAUGGGGAAGCGGGAUAACCGGGUGGCUUAUAUGAAUCCUAUAGCCAUGGCCAGAUCACGAGGUCCUUCCCAAUCUGCAGGGCCAACAAUACAGGACUACCUGAAUAGACCAAGGCCUACAUGGGAAGAAGUGAAAGAACAACUAGAAAAGAAAAAGAAAGGAUCGAGGGCAUUGGCUGAGUUUGAAGAAAAGAUGAAUGAGAAUUGGAAGAAAGAACUAGAAAAACACAGGGAGAAAUUAUUAGGUGGAAAUGAGAGUUCCUCCAAAAAGAAAGAGAAAAAGAAAAAGGAAAAGAAGAAAUCAAAUAGGUUGUCUUCAUCUUCCUCUUCUUCAUCAAGCUCUGAUUCUUCCAGCAGUUCAUCUGAUUCUGAUGAUGAGGAUAAGAAACAAGGGAAAAAACGGAGAAAGAAGAGGUAUCGCUCCUUGCGGAAAUCUUCUGAAAGCUCUACUUCUGAUUCUGAAUCAGAUAGCAAGGAUAGCACAAAAAAGAAAAAAUCAAAGGAAGAACAUGAAAGAGAAAAGGACAACAAAAGUCUUAGUAGGAAAAGGAAGAAAAUUGAUCGUGGGAAUGGACCUUUAUCAUCUGAGUCCUUAUCGGAGUCAGAACCUACAGAGGAGAAGAGGCUUCCACUGUCAAAAGCUGAGUUAGCAUUUCAGCAAACUCUGGUUCCAGAUACUCAGACAGUGACUUCCUCCAGUUCAGUGGUACAAGUGAAAAAGAAAAAAAACAGUGAAGAAAGAGAGAAAGUAACAGAUAAAAUAAAAAAGAGAAAGAAGCACAAGAAACAUGGUAAAAAGAAGAAAAAGAAGACAGCUGGUUCAAGUUCAGAUUCAGAAUAACACUUAAAAAUCAAGCCUGUCCCUUCAACAAAAGUGCAAUGACAAAAGGAAACUUCAACUGUGAAAAUUAUCGCAAACUUUACCACACUGCAUGAGUUUUCCAGUGUUUUAGAAAUAUUACUAGACUUUCAAUAGCCAGCCAGGUGCUAAUGUGCCCGAAAAGUCCAUUGUUGUUGCCUGCUGCUUAAUACCUGGGGUACAAUUUUUUUUUUAAUUACAGUAGCCAGUGUUAGCUUAAAAUCAUAAGAGAGGGUGGUCCAGCUAAUAUGUAAAAUAUUAGGAAAUAGAGUGCAACCUUUUAGAUACUAAAAAUAGUGUUUUAACAAGUUAGUAAUAUAGUCCAAUUUUUAAAUCUGCAGAAAUAAAAUCAAAAAUUCAUCUUGAAGAGGAAUAUAACACAAGACUAUUGAUACUUGCUGACUACUAAUGCCAUUUGUGAAAUGGGAAUAGAAUAGUAACAGUUUUAAAGGUUACUUUUGUAGAAGUAUUUAUGAUAAUUUUGCCCUUUAUUUUCUUUUGGGAGUGUUACCAUUUUGCUAGCUGAAUUAGGGUGCCUUUGAUCCUUGGAAAAUCUAACUAUUUUUAAUAGUACAACAGCUAUAUUUCCUAGGGAGAUCAGAACUGGUAUCAGCAGGUUUUCCUGAAUAAACAAUUCUGGGCCUCUAGCAUGUACUUUUUCAUUAAGUAAGAGCAGUGACACACUGCAGCAUAACUUGACAUCCAAAAAUUAAAGACUUUACCUCCACUAACUGAAAUGAUGCUGAAUACUGUGCUAUUAAUAUGCAUUAUAUCAUUUAAAGUAAUUUUGAGUUUAAAUGAACAUUUUUGGCAAACACUGGUAGCUUUUUUUCCUUUGCAUUGCCAUUGAGAUAUUUAGAAUUAUUUUGUAUGUUUUGUACCAUUUUUAAAUAACGUACAGGUUUUCAGUUGUAACUAGUGAUUUAUUUUUUUUAUGAAUUAUGUUCCAGGUGUGGAGUUUCAUGUAUGUAUUUACUUUAUUCUUAUAGUAAGUUCAUUUGCUGUGAUAAAAUGCACACUUGCUGAAAAUAUUUAGCAUGUAAAAAGCAGGGUUUUGAUAUCUAACAGCUUCAUAUUGAAGCUGAUUUUACUCUAAGCAAGUUCAGUGGCAGACCUGUUAUGCGGAUGUGUCUUGUUAUAUAAAAUUACUGCCAGAAUCUCAGUAAAGAUACUCUAAAAAGUU